AUGUCGCCGUAUCAGUACCUUUUCAAAUACAUCAUCAUCGGAGACACAGGCAAGUCUAUAGCUGCGCUGCUGAAAGGCAGCGUAGGCAAGAGCUGCUUGCUCUUGCAGUUCACGGACAAGCGUUUCCGCACAGACCACGAUCUUACGAUUGGCGUCGAGUUCGGUGCGCGACUCAUAUCCAUCGGCGGCCGACAAGUCAAGCUGCAAAUAUGGGACACGGCCGGUCAAGAGUCGUUUCGCUCGAUUACGCGCUCGUACUACCGCGGGGCUGCGGGCGCCCUCCUAGUCUACGAUAUCACCAGGCGCGACACGUUUAUCCACCUGACCAGGUGGCUGGAUGAAGUCCGACAAAACUCGAACCCGCACAUGACCAUCAUGCUGAUCGGCAACAAAUGCGACCUUGAGCGCCGGGAAGUGAGCUUCGAGGAAGGUGCAGCCUUCGCUCGUCAGCACGGCUUGAUUUUUCUUGAGACCUCGGCGAAGACUGCGCAGAACGUAGACGAAGCGUUCAUCUUGACAGCUCGAAAGAUCUACGAAAACAUCCAGCGAGGCAUCUACGAUCUCAGCAACGAGGCUCACGGCAUCAAAUGCGGGCCUAUCAACGCGUACGGCGGCCACCCGAGUUCAGGUGAGAAGCGCAGUGCCUCUCGCAAACUCCACGAACUCUGCAUACACAGCAAGCAGACACUACGGCAGCCGACACACACUCCGUCUCUCUUGCGGGCUGUGUUUCCGCUGUUUCCUUCUGCGGAGGUUGCUGCGCGCGUGCGCCGCGUCUCGGCGCCGUUGAAUGGAGCCUUUCAGGCCCCGUGCGUUGCGUUCUCAGAGCAGCACCGCGCGCUGGCUGAGCAACGAUCUGCGAGUUGCUGCUGA